UUUGCCUACUGGGUACUUUUUACAAAAUUCUAUACGUUUGACCUAAGCAACAACCUUUGUGUACGCCUGACAUUUGGUAGAUAAUUUUCGAUGUCAAAACAAGCCAAGAUAGAAAAAAAUACUCCCGGAUGUCUCGAUAAACGGUGUUACCGAUUUUUUCUUAUUGUUUUACAAGUACUGUUUAUUGUGGCGCUCUUUACUAAAAAAUAGUUGUUUCCGCAAAUCUGGAGUGCACUAGUUGUACAUCCAUUAUUCUAGACGAAUGCGAUGGAUGAGGAUCUAGUCGAAUAUGCUCCUAAUAUUCCGGAUAAUGUGCUGGAGCUAAUAUUCUCCUACCUGAAACUGCAGGAUUUACGAAACUGUGCUUUGGUUUGCAAAAAUUGGUACCGGUUUUUGUGUGAUGAAAACAAUGAGGUUUGGCGAGCGCAAUGUCUACAAAAAGUUCCGACGGAGGCGUUCAAAAAUGACCUUCUGUCGGUAGUGCCAUCGUACAAAGCAAAGUUGCGGGCGUUUUUCCAUGCAUGGAAUCCUUUCGAUUGUAGUCGUCAUGUGUAUAUCAAACCAAACGGAUUCACUCUUCACAGGAAUCCUGUGGCACAGAGCACCGAUGGAUCCAGAGGAAAAAUUGGUUUCAAACACGGUAGACAUGCCUGGGAAGUACGAUGGGAAGGUCCCCUUGGAACAGUUGCUGUCGUUGGAAUUGCUACUAAGGACGCAGCAAUCCAAUGCCAUGGAUAUUAUGCCCUGCUUGGUGCCGAUGAUCAAAGCUGGGGUUGGAAUCUGGUAGAUAACCUCUUACUUCAUAAUGGAGAUGCCCAUGGAAUAUAUCCUCUGCUAAAUAACGCCCCAAAGUAUAAGGUAGGAGAAAGAAUACGAGUUAUAUUAGACUGCGAUGAUAAUACUCUGUCGUUUGAAAAGAAUUAUGAGUUUCUGGGAGUAGCUUUUACAGAUUUACCUGAUAAAAUGUACUAUCCAACUGUGGCCGCAGUGUAUGGAAACACGGAAAUUUCGAUGGUAUACUUAGGCCCACCAUUGGACGGGUAGACUGGCUUAGUUAACAGAAAACAACAGCUGUGUUGUGUAGCUUUUUCAACGAAGUUUAUAUGAGGUCUGAGAAUACUCAUAACUCUUAUCCGCAUAAUUCCUCCUUCUCAACAAUAAUUUGAUUUUAGUCGACGCUCGCUCGGUAAUAGAGCAAUAAUUAUUAUUUAUUAUAAUAAUUAAAUUAUUUGUUAGCCAUAAAAUAAUUCCGUUUAAUGUGAGAAGUAUUAUAAGCAGAUAACAUGGAAGAAGUGUCUGUUAUAACUUGACCAAAGACAAUGGCACGAAUACGUUUGUUUGUGCUAUAGAUGAUAGGAAUAUUGUUUUUUUUUAAAUAAAAUUAAAUAACUGCGAUUAACUUACUUAACUUCGGUACCGAUUUCAUUGUUUAGUUUCAGUAUAGAUAAUUAUUUAUUCGAGCAAUACACAUGUCUUGCAAAUGUUUAUUUACAUUUUUGUUUAAGUUUUUAUUCAGCGUGAUUUAUUGCAUCCUCAACUGAGGUGUAAAGUUGACAUAAUCAUUCCAUGUAUAAAUUGAUUGUGACAUAGAUAAAUAAAUUUGAGGAACAAGCAUUUGAUGAUUUGUUA